AUGAUAAGGCAACCUCGGUCCUUCCUGGCACGUCCAUUUAAGCAACAUAAGUACACAAUUCUUGCAGGAAUGGAAAAGUUUGUAGUUGAGAACGGGAAAGAAGAAUUUGAAGCCUUGAAGAACAAAUUUGUUAAGAAAGAAGAUCCUGGAAUAACACUAGAUGAGGAGGAUGGUACAGGAGCUGCAGGGUAAAUUACAUCACUGUUACACAACGCCGAAGAAUUUGUAUAGAUAAUAGCAUGAUUUGUAGUGAUAUGUAUACGUGGUAAUAGCAUGAUUUGUAGUGAUUUCUAUACUAGGUAACAGCGUGAUUUUUGGUGAUAUUUGGCAUAAAUACGACGGGCGAUAUUUCGAAAUUGUUAUACGUAAUUUCACGAGCCGUUAGGCGGGUGAUAUUAGAGUCAAUUUUGAAUUAUCACAAGCGGUAUUUAUGCCAAAUAUCAUGUACAAAUGAUGCUAUUAUUUGCUUAUACUACUACGUGCAAAAGGUUUGUAAUUUCCACAUGUAGGUUUUUCACAUUAAUCUGAAAUACCACUGCUCUAAGCCAAUCAAAUUGCAGAAAUUUCUUAUGUAGUAGUAUAAUUGGCCUAAAUACCACAAGUGAUAUUUCAAAAUUGUUAUACGUGAAAUUUGAGACAAUUUUGAAAUAUCACGAGUGAUAUUUGUGCUAAAUAUCACCUACAAAUCAUGCUAUUAUUUGUUUAUACUACUACCCACAAAAGGCUUUGUAAUUUUCAUGAUCACAUGUAGGUAUUUCCAAUUAAGCUGAAAUACUACUGCUCUAAGCCAGUCAAAUUGCAGAAAUUUCUCAUGUAGUAGUAUGAAUAAAAGUAAUAGCACAUUUUGCCUGCACUACACAACCGAACACACGAAAACAGCACUUGGAGGCAUGGGCGCGUCGGUCAGCCAGGCCCAUAAUACACUUUAUUAACUCACGUGAAAAACUCCACUGUUACAGUAAUUCUAAGAACACGCCACAACCGGACACGUAAACCCGAAAAAAACAAUUAUUGGAAAAAUAGGGACCUUGUAACCCCAACCCAUGUUAUGGCGUCGCUUUUGGGGUUAUAAGGCAAAACAAAUAAAAUAAAGCCUAAUAAAAUAAAUACGAGCAGAAAACGAGAUGCUACAUAAAAUAGCUAAGAAACAUAACGACCAGUACAGAUGGUAACGAAAUUAAGACUAACAGAAUAAGUGGAAACUAAACUAAACAAAGCAAGUUGACGCGGCGAGGCCGACCGUAGGAUGACACGCAUAACUAAAUAAACGGUCACUAUAUCAAAUCCCCUAACCGCGAUCCUUCGCACGCUACACUAGAACCCAGUCCUCUGUUACGAGCCGGCAAAAUAAUGAUUUAUGUCAAUUCUAAUUUACACAAAUUAUAUUAUCUUCCAGUUACAGUUUUAUAUCAAUCAUUUAUAACAAGAAAGAAAAAUGGGAGAGAGAGAGAGAGAAUCUUAGGGUGUUGGACGGGAUAUGUGAAUUUUACCAAUUAAGUUAUGUUUAGAGGUUGCAAUUAAACGGAAGUUGAAUUCCUGAGACGUCCGCACAUUUUAAUCGAUGGCUUGAAACGUCCUUCAGUGCCUCAAAGAAAACAAUGCCUAAUAUUUUAAUGGCGACUUUUGAAUUCUCUCUUGAUAACACUGAAUAAACGUUUGAGGUUCUCACCGGUAAACCAACUUCCGAUUGGUUUCAAGCGUUUGUUUGGCCUAAAAACAUUUCUUUGUGUGAAAUUUACAAAUCCCAAGGGCUACACUAGGUUUUUUUCCCUGUCUGUUCCAUUAUUGUUUUUGUUUUUGUUUUUUAUUUUUAUAUAUAUAACGAUUUUCUAUCAGGUCAACGCCCUCAAUGGCUUUCAAAAUUUCAAAUUGUUAUUAAGUAAGAAGCCGACUAGUAAAGGCUAAAUUUCAUAACUCGGUGACAUCUAAAAAAAAUGCAACUACACUAGUUACUACAGCUAGUAGGUUUGGGAAGGUUUAUUUUUAUUAUUUAUUGCUAUUUUUUUACUUUAAAUUACGCUUAAUUCUUUAUAAUCAUCAUAAGAAAGAGUUAUCUCCAUGUAAACGUGUCAAAAAAUUCCCUGUACUUGUUAGGCAGUUUCAGAAUUGGCGUCUAAAUGGGAUUAUUUUGUGUUUCUUAUUAUAUUCAGAACGGUAGAAAUGGAAACCCAGGCUGCUGAUUGCGUCAAUGCAGGGAUUAGAAUGAAAAAAGAUCUGGGAUUCUUACAUCUAGGGAAAAUUGAUCAGGAGUACAUACAGGACCCGGAAUUACGUGAAAUAUUGGAAAAAACAGUCCUCGAUGGUAAUAAAACUGGAGAGUUUGAAGACCAAGAACUGCGUUUGAUAACCUCAGUAGUUUACAGCCAAUGCUUUGAACUUAAAGGCAAUAGAAAGAAAGAGGUAUUUUAACUUCUGAUAACUACAGUAUGUGGUCCUUGGUCCGGCCGGUUUUACUUUGUGGUGUAAUUUUCGGGAAGAAAAUAAGUUUACAAUACAAACGAAACUUUUUCAGUUUAUAUUGGUCUGUUAACCUUCUUAAGGUGGCUCGACUGGAUUUUUUUGGGAGGAUACCUCCCAAGUUUGAGCAUUAACUACGUCGCCAUGAGUAAAGAUAUGGGUAAAAGAUUACCGCAACUGUAUUAUAUAAAGAUGAAAAUUUCUUGUGAUCUGGGUUUUAUUGCAAUCGGAGUCACCAUGGCAACGUAACAACGCCAUUACGUUUUUUAUUUAUCUUUGUGUUUCUCUGUACCUGGAGUUUUUUAAGAAAUUGCUUUAGGGAGUUUGUACCUGCCAUAAUUGCCUCAGUUAUGUCAAAGUUUGAACAAAUUCUAUGACAGCGUUUUUGAAACAUUUUCAAACGAAGAUUUAAGCAUCAUAAAAACACAAUUAGCUAAUUUUUUUAAGAAAAUGAUGAGCUUUGGAAACGCGGCUUUAUCUUAUGGUGGUUUGAUUCCAGCUGCGUACAAGAAAAGAGGGGAAUUGCUCCGGGCGAUCGCGAGUAAGAAGAAUUUUAUUAACUUGCAUUGAGCUGCUUUUGUUACAGUUUUUGCACGUAAUUUGGUCCAUGCCUACAAAUUUCGCAUUUUUCAAAAAACCGCUCGAUAAUUUUUUUUAUAAAUUUGACAAUUCCGAGAUCAAUUGCCAGUAAAUAUACCCUGCAAGUUUCAAGAACAUUUAAAACCGAGAAACAGAGAAGGCUUUUAAAUAGGGCCUCAAAUGUAACCAAUUUUCCCCCCAGGUUUUGUGUUUACAAGUGAGCGUCCUCAUUAUUCACUGGCAUUGUUUCCAAGUUUCAUAUGCACGUGCACAUUUAGCAAAAAAAUAGAAUUUGCAUCAAAAAGGAACCUCGGUUAAAUCUCCCGAAUAUGCUAAUAACCGGGUAAAGAAAUCAGCGAUAUAUUAUAACAUUACAGCAACUCUUUGUAAGAGUUUGUGAUGUUAUAACCCGAAUAAGAUAACUAAGUAUUGGAUCCUACAAGAUGAGCCGUGACGUUCACCGUCUCGGCUCUCACUGCUAUCUGUGACACAAGCCAAAUAUCAGCAUAUUCCUUUUUUGUUCUGUUGUUUGUGUCUUUUUCAUGGCGCCUUGAAUUACUUGGAUAUAUUUUGAAUUCACGCAUAUGCGAUUAAGUGUGUUAUGAAAGUUAAUUUUUGGUGUACACGGCAUAAAAGAACUGUUCUUUCGACUUGCAUAAAAAUUUGGUCGACAGGUUGAAAUUUAAAACCAAAGUUGUAGAUAAUAUUCCAAAGUAAGUUUUGCGGAGUAGGUCCUUGGUCUGGUCACCAGACGAUAACAUAAACCAGCCAAAUAGUGAGUGAAUAGGGAAAGCCUCAGCUGAAAGUUCAAUUUUCGUUUCGUUUAGUUCUUAGUAAAUGAGGAUUCUUGAACUGAAGUAAGGAUCUUUCAACUUUGAGUCACAUUUUAAGUAAAGCACUUUCAAUGAGUGUUAAAUGUAUUGUUCGAGACUUUCUCAGUAGCACCACAGGUAACCCAGGCUCUGUGAUAGUACCACAGUACGGUUCCAGUAAAAUUACAGUGUUUGUAUGGGGUAAAAAUAUCAUCCUAAAAUUUCUAGGAAAUACUAAAUAAAGAUCAAUGAAACUUACUCUGCAGUUAAUUGUUGUUGUCCUUAUUGCUCCAACGAGGUUUCGUGAUAAUUUGCAGUAAUUUGUUCAAAUUCACUCUAUCUACAAUAAUAAUAUACAAGGUAGGAAACACGAGGUGCCAUUUUCGCCGACAUGCUCUCAUUCAACACAACUUUUUCCACGAAAUUCGAACUCCAACGGAAAAUAAACAGCCAGGAUCGUAGAAAUAGGAUAGCAGCAGAUAUAGAAACCAAUGACGCUUUCCCAGAUAGAGAAACGAAUCCCACAAACUUGGACAAACUCGAAGAAUAUAAUCCAAUCACACCGAGAAUACGCUCGCCGAAGCAGCCGGGCCAGAUCAACGCGCGGCCAAGAAAAUGAGGCCUGGGCACUGUACAAAAAAAUUCCAUCCCGGGAGUCCUGGGGUGACCUUUCUAGGGACCGAUACAUCAUUUGCCCAAGGCCACCCUCCCCUGCUGGAAAAAUACUUGAUAGAAGGCAAUUGUUCUUCCUAGCCAAUCACCAUUUGCCAGAGCAAACCCCGCACACGCGCCUGAAUUUAAAUGGAUAAAAAAAUAGUAAUAUAAUCAGGAGAGUCUGCGGAGUUACAAGGCGUCCCAUUUCUUUUACUAAGGAAUGCAAAUAACAGUUAUGAAACUAAUGAAAUAACAACGCGAAAUGCUUACAAGGCGGACUAAAAACAAGGUUGAACAAAAGGUAGAUGAUGACUGAGAUACUGUUGUUGUGAACUCUCGAGCGAAACUAUCGUAAAUAAACGGUGAAGCUUACAAACUAAUGUCAAAAAUUAUACAGAAAAUUGCGACAGAAUAUGAAUUGCGAUAACUGAGACGAAUGUGAAAGGCACGUGCACUAGUAAACAAAGAACUAGCGCGAUUAACAUAUUUAGCGAUUAAUGCGGCAGUAACACGCCGACUUCUUGUCAAUACAAGUGAACGCUCUAUCGGUUAAAUAUGUGAAUCAGCGUGAUACACCUCUCUUUGAAUUUGGUCCUGUUGUACAAAUGCCUCGGUAAGAGCCAAAAUUCACUUAUAUCUUUUGCUCGUUUUAAGUUUUGUAAAUCGUCCUUCGUUGUUCUUUCCUUUGCCCUUAUAACCUUGCCCUACUGAUGUUUGAUAAACUUUCUGAGGACCAGCGCCAGGAGCUGAAUAUAGUUCGAGAGGAAAAUAAUCUCUUUAUAACAGGCCAUAGUGAUUGGCUAGGAAGAACAAUUGCCUUCUAUCAAGUAUUUUUCCAGCAGGGGAGAGUGGCCUUGGGCAAAUGAUGUAUCGGUCCCUAGAAAGGUCACCCCAGGACUCCCGAGAUGGGAUUUUUUUGGUACAGUGCCCAGGCUUCAUUUUCUUGGCCGCGCGUUGAUCUGGCCCGGCUGCUUCGGCGAGCGUAUUCUCGGUGUGUUUGGAUUAUAUUCUUCGAGUUUGUCCAAGUCUGUGGGAUUCGUUUCUCUAUCUGGGAAAGCUUCAUUGGUUUCUAUAUCUGCUGCUAUCCUAUUUCUACGAUCCUGGCAUGUUUAUUUUCCAUUGGAGUUCGAAUUUCGUGGAAAAAGUUGUGUUGAAUGAGAGCAUGUCGGCGAAAAUGGCACCUCGUGUUUCCUACCUUGUAUAUUAUUAUUGUAGAUAGAGUGAAUUUGAACAAAUUACUGCAAAUUAUCACGAAACUUCGUUGGAGCAAUAAGGACAACAACAAUUAACUGCAGAGUAAGUUUCAUUGAUCUUUAUUUAGUAUUUCCUAGAAAUUUUAGGAUGUUAUUUUUACCCCAUACAAACACUGUAAUUUUACUGGAACCGUACUGUGGUACUAUCACAGAGCCUGGGUUACCUGUGGUAGCACUGCACUUUAUUUAUUACGUAAUGAUAUAGAAGGCCAUAAAAAGGAAGCUUAUAUCCGUCCAAUCUGUUUCAUUGGGGAGCUUUAGCAAAGUCAAAAACUUCCAGCAAUGGGUAGUUUUAGGUUUUUUAUCUUUUUUUGCUUACUAAAAUAAGCAAAACAUUACUCCGCACGGACUGCACGUUCAUGAUGACGCAUGCUUUUCGGUCGGAUUUCUUUGACGUUGCUGCACGACUAAGAGACGAUUCGCAAAGACGAUUUUUAGCGCAACACAGCGUUGCAACAUUAUUGCGACAUGGUUUCGAAUAGUUACAAUAUUGUUCCAACAUUGCAACGCUGUGUUGCGCUAAAAAUUGUGUUUGCAAAUCGUCCCGUGUAACAUCACCUUAAGACAUAAAAUUUCCUGUGCCUGGUUCCUCGAAAGAUGAUUAACUUUAACCCAGGAUUAAGCCAAAUUGUAAGCAAGGUUUUCUUGUCUAAGAACAUGUAACUCGAGCUAACAAAAUACUGUUGUGCCUUUACUUAAAAGAAAAAAAAGGAAAUGAUAACACAAAAUGUUACAAUAGGCAAUGUAUAGGAAGGUAAAUACAAAAAUUGGAACAAAAUCUUAAUCCUGGAUUAGCGCUAAUCGGCCUUUCAGGAACCGGGCCCUGAUGGGAAGUUUUUUGGGGUUCUUAAACAAGCGACGAAAAAUGUUUUUCCUCUCUAAACUUUGAUUGAAUUCAUUUAAUCUAGUGACGAUUUCGCUAGUGGCGAUUUCGCUUCCUCACAGAAGUGAGACCAAACUAUAGCUCUUUACACAGAAAUCUCAUUUUGGUUUCGAAGUUAAAAUGAUGCCUGCAGAAAAUAGACAGGAAUUUAGAUCAGCUGGUGCUUACGCUUCUUUUUGCGCAUUGUUUGCAUGAUGGCUUACAAAGUGGCCAAAGUGGCCGGACCAAGGAACCACUGGCUGAACCAGGGGCCUUCAAACGGAGUGAUCAUUUUCUAUGACGCAGCAUUUUCCGGCAAAGCUGAGAAGCUGUCGGUUUGUCACAAGUUAGUAAAAUGUAAAGGAAACUUACAGGACAAAUAUCAGCUCAAUACUCCUCUUCUAAGAUAAGAAUAAUCAUUUACGUCCUUUUCGUCCAGACCAAGGACCAUGAUUCCUAUAUGAUUCAAAGUAAUAAAUAAAAGAAUAAAAAGGACAUUGCUAAGCAUCUAUAGCAACCAAAUGAAACGUAAGAUCUACUUUAGAGCAAUGCAAAGGCUAUUGAAAAAAUAAUUGUUCAGUUAAUCGUGUUAUCUUCGAAGGUGGAAGUGGACGGAGGAUUCAACUUUUGGACCUUCUUUGCGGCUCAGUUGAAGGGAACUACUAGGAUGACAGAUAUUCCUCCAAGUAUAGCAACAAGAAAGAAUACUCGAGGACCAUUCCUGUUCCAGUGUUGCCGUGUUGUCUUUAACAAAGAGAGAAACCGAUUGGAACUCCCCAAGGGAGAGGUUGUUGGUAAAACUGUAACAUGUAAAGAAGACCAAGAGGAGGCCGAGUACGAAAACACCGCAGUCAGCUUGGUGCAGGACGAGGAGAGUAAUUUAACUGGUUAGAUCAAAAUAUAAUUCUGG